AUGUCAGAAGUAAAAGUAAUUAAACCAAUUGCAAAGUAUGCAAAUUUGAAUGAAAAUCUUCCUAUAACAACAUCCUUCAAACUAUUACCAGUUGCUGGUACAACAUUAAAAGAAGGUUCAUUAAUUUAUUUGCUUCGUCAAUUACCAUAUCAUUUUCUUUUAACUGAUUUUUAUGAUAAUACUCAACAUUAUAAUAAAAUUCCAAUUCAUAGUUGGAAUCAAUAUUUAAUUGGACCAGGAUUAUUUCAAGAAUGGAUCUUAGCAAUAAAAAGUGCUCGUACACCUGAUGAACAAAAUAUAGAAUUAUUUCAAUCAUCUGAAACUCAUAUAUACGGUUUUCGAACAACUCGUUUAAUAGUACCAGAUGAACCUCUUCUUGCAUGGUUUAGUCUUUCACAAUUACGUACAAUAUGUGAAAAAAUUAAAUUAACAAAAAUAUUUAAAGUUGAAGAACUCCUUAAAUCAACACGAUGUUCACGUUGUAAAAUAGAUCAACAUUAUUUAAAUGUACUUGUUGCACAUGUUCUUAUGAAUCAAUGUCAUCAUAGUUCAAUACUAUCGAAUAAUAUUGAUUUCAAUGAACAAUUAUCAACAAAAAAUUCAUCGUCUCAUCAAAAUACGAUUAUUAAUAAAUCAAAAAAUGAAGAAAUUAAAGAAAAAGAACAUAAACGACAACAAUCCAUUGGAUUUUCAACAAAUGAUGUAUCAUCUUAUAAAAUGAGUGUACUUGAUGGUACUCAUGCAUUAGAAUUUACUUCAUUAGAUACCGAUGGAAGACAACGUAAAGGUCAUUUAUGUUUAUUUUGUGGCAAAAUUUAUAAUCGAAAAUAUGGUUUAAAAAUUCAUCUUCGUACACAUACAGGAUAUAAACCAUUGCGAUGUCGAGUUUGUUUUCGACCAUUUAGUGAUCCGUCAAAUUUAAAUAAACAUAUUCGACUUCAUUCAACAUCAUCAUCAUUCUUAUUACAAAAAGAAUCUUUUGAUAAGCAGAAAGAAUUGAAGAUAAAUACGAAUUCAGAGACAUUAGUAGAUUAA